CUGUCUGCGAAACCACCACCCCCUCACCUGGCGCCACCCACCUACAAUGGACUCCCUGAAGACACUACUGAUCGCCAAUCGUGGCGAAAUCGCCGUCAGAAUCCUGAAGACAGCAAAGAAACUGAAUCUUCGAACAAUAGUCGUAUACACUGAGCCAGAUGCUGCUUCGACCCAUGUUCACCUGGCAGAUGAAGCCGUUCUUCUGUCUGGUGCGCCCUCCCGGGCAUACAUUGAUAGCGAACAAAUUAUCGGAAUCGCCAAGCGGAACAAUGUCGACGCUAUCAUACCGGGGUACGGGUUUUUGUCGGAAAAUGCAGACUUUGCAAGAGCUGCUGCUAGCUCGGGGAUAGCCUUCGUUGGCCCAUCGCCAGAGAGCAUUGAAGCGUUUGGGCUGAAACAUACUGCUCGCGAUCUUGCCACAAAGGCUGGGGUCCCCAUCGUGCCUGGCUCGCAGGGGUUGGUGCAAAGCGAAGACGAAGCCGUGGCGAUAGCAACAGAUCUAGGAUACCCGGUAAUGCUGAAGGCCACGGCUGGCGGUGGUGGAAUGGGUCUACUUACGUGCAACACCGAGACGGAAGUCCGCAAUUCGUUUGCCACAGUCAAGUCCCGGGGUGAAGCCUUAUUCAAGAACGCUGGGAUUUUUAUCGAGCGCUACUAUCCAUCAAGCCACCAUAUUGAGGUGCAAGUGUUCGGGAACGGAGAGGGCAAUGCCAUAUACAUUGGCGAACGUGAAUGUUCGAUACAGAGGCGGCAUCAAAAGGUCAUAGAAGAGUGCCCGAGUCCGUUUGUUACCAGGAAUCCUGGGCUGCGGGAGAAGCUGGGUGAUGCUGCCGUUCGUCUCGCUGAAUCGAUUAGUUAUGGAUCGGCUGGAACGAUCGAAUAUCUUGUGGAUGAUGAGACUGGGGCGUUCUUCUUCCUUGAGAUGAAUACCCGUCUGCAAGUUGAGCACGGAAUAACGGAGCUAUGUUAUGGGGUUGACCUAGUGGAAAUGAUGUUGAAACAAGCAGAUGCUCAACUUUCUGGAAAGAAGGGUGUCGAUGCGGCGUAUCUAACAAAUAUCAUCCCAGUGCAUGCGCCAUCCGGCGCCGCUAUUGAAGCCAGAGUCUAUGCCGAAAACCCCGUCAAGGACUUCGCUCCCUGUCCUGGAACUCUACAGAGUGUGGAAUGGAAAGAACUCCCGGGAUCUCGAAUCGAUACGUGGAUCUAUCGAGGCGUCAAAGUGUCAGCGAACUACGAUCCUUUGCUUGCCAAGGUCAUGUUCCACUCUCCAAGUAGACAGCAAACAAUUGAAGGGAUGAAGACCAUACUGACCGAAUCACGAAUUUGCGGCCCUCCAACCAACUUGGAGUUUUUGGCUGAAAUUUUGGCAGACAACGAGUUUGUUGCCGGUAGGACAUUGACCAAGUUCUUAGACGAUUUCAAAUUCAAACUGUCUGCCAUCGAUGUUAUUUCUGGCGGAGCCUAUACUCUCAUCGAAGACUUUCCCGGCCGUCCAACGCUGGGAAGGGGCUUUUGCCACUCUGGCCCCAUGGAUCCAACAGCCUUUCGCAUUGCGAACGCACUUGUUGGUAACCCAGUGGGAAUGGAAGCCUUGGAGAUUACUCUGAGCGGACCAGAGCUCCGAUUCUUAGGACCGGCUCUUAUCUCAUUAUGCGGUGCACCGAGCGAGGCCAAACUUGAUGACACCUCCGUCCCAAUGUGGUCAAGGGUCAAGGUUUCUGCUGGUCAGCGGCUGAAGAUUGGAAAAACCACUGGUAAUGGCUGCAGGGCUUAUCUGGGUGUAUACGGGGGCUUCUUGAAUGUUGCAGAGUGGUUUGGGUCAAAAUCCACCUCGCCAAUGGUUGGAGUAGGAGGCUAUCAAGGCAGACAACUUGCUUCUGGCGAUCUCCUCUCAAUCACGCCACAGAUACCAGAAGUUAGUGGAGACCUCCACCUACCGAAGCAUCUUAUCCCCCAGUAUCCCAGCCACUGGGAGAUUCUGGCCAUGCCCGGUCCGUACGAUCAAGGGUUCCUUGUCCCGGAUAGCAUCGAUAUGCUAUACAGCACCAACUGGAAAGUAUCCCAUAACGCGGCCCGUGGCGGCAUCCGUCUUCUUGGUCCGAAACCUACCUGGGCUCGUGCAGAUGGCGGAGAGGGUGGUGCGCACCCGUCCAAUCUGAUCGAGUAUGGGUAUGCGAUAGGCUCUCUCAACUGGACGGGUGAUGACCCCGUGAUAUUUCCUGCGGAUGCACCCGACUUGGGGGGAUUUGUCACCAGCCAUACGAUCUGCAAGGCAGAUUUAUGGAAGCUGGGACAAGUAAAAGCGGGCGAUACGCUAAAGUAUCGGGCUACGUCUUUGGAAGAUGCCUUGUCGUCUCGCAGGGACGUGGAAAGGUUCAUCGAUGAAGUGGUUCAAGGCUGUCUGAAAGGAGAUCUCAGUGGCAUAUCACCUGUAAAAAGUGAGCUACCGGCAGAAUUGACGGCAACGGAUCGUGGGAGUGGUGUUAUUCAUCAGAUCCAAGAGAGCGGCAACCAACCGCUCGUCUCGUAUCGUCAGGCCGGUGAUGACUAUCUUCUGAUCGACUACGGUGUCGGAUUGUUUGAUCUGAACCAUCGUUGUAGAGUGACCGCUCUCAAGAAGGCCUUAUCUGAAGCAAGCGGGGACAUCACUUUUUCCAAUGGACUGACUUCAAUGCUAGGCUGCGGAAACUCCCUGAUGCUCUCCUACGACGGAACAAAGAUUCCACAGAAGAAACUUCUCAACUACCUCUGCAACAUUGAGACAAAACUUGGCGAUCUCAGCCAAGCCAAAUUCCCCAGUCGACGGUUCAAGCUACCCCUCGCAUUCGAGAGCCAGAGACAGAAGGAUGCAAUCCAGCGGUACAUGGAGACGCAGCGUCCCUACGCCACCUACCUGCCGGACAACAUGGACUUUGUCGCGAAGAACAAUGCCUUCAGCAGAGAACAGUUCGAGAACAUCUACCUAACCGCCGCGUUUAUGGUGAUAUCAGUUGGAUUCUUCACUGCUCUGCCGCUCGCGCUCCCCGUCGACCCGCGCCAGCGAAUGAACUGCCCGAAGAUGAACCCCAGCAGAGUAUACACACCGGCUGGGUCAAUAGCCUGGGGUGGCAGUUGCAUGUCACUAUACAACGUCGACUCCCCCGGCGGCUACCAAAUGACAGGGAUGACCAUCCCAGGCGUUGACAUUCUCGGAUCCAAGAAAGGCUACGAGGCCAACCGACCGUGGCUCUUCGAGGACUUCGACCAGAUCACCUUCUACCGCGUGUCCGAGGAAGAAUACGAGAAACAACUCGCCCUUUUCAACAGCGGCAGAUACGAAUACCAAUGGGAUGAGGUCCUCUUCGACAUGGCCGAGCAUAACAAGCUCCUCCACGACACUAAGGACGAGGUCGCUACUAUCCGAUCCAAGCAGCAACACGCACAGGCCGAGAUGGACAAGCGUGAGGCAGCCUUGCUCGAACAAUGGGCCAAGGAGAAAGCAGAACGGGGUAUUCCCAUGGACACCAUUGAAAGUCUACUAAAAGACCCCGGAAUCACCCCCAUUGAAGCCCCCCUCAACGCCAACAUAUGGAAAGUAGAAGUCCGAGAAGGCGACAAGCUCGACCACGACCAGAUCGUCGUGAUCCUGGAAGCCAUGAAGCUGGAGAUUGUCGUGCGAGUGGAGUCCACGGCCGCCGGGGCCACGGUGGAGAAAGUCCUGGUUCAACCGGGGGAUUCGAUUGAGGCUGGGAAGCCUUUGGCGCUGGUGAGGGGGAUGCAGAAUUGAUACACACACACAUACAUACAUACAUACAGAGAAAGAGUUUUUCUUGAUGCGAUGGGAACUUCCUUCGUAUGGGGUACGUUCUAUUUGUAUUAAUAGCUAGCUAGAGGUAGC